GUGGGUCAUGGGUGACCCGUCUCCUUACAUCUCCUUCCUCUAACCCCAAAUCAGAAAGAGCCCCAGUUUCUGGCUGGGUUUUUCUCUCUCAACACUCUCCAAAACUUCUCUCUCCCUCUCUCUCUCUUUCUCAGAUUAAGUCCUCGUAGUAUCUAAUUACCUCCAACAGGAAAAAGGAGAAAAAAAGAAAAGAAAAUCCUCGUGGGUCUUUGAUCGUCACUUUGAUUAGAGAAGACAUGGCGCUGAAUCUCCGGCAAAAGCAAACUGAAUGCAUUCUCCGCAUGCUGAAUCUGAACCAACCGCUGAAUCCCGGAGCCGGCGCCGGCAACGACGAGGAGGUCUACAAGAUCCUGAUCUACGAUCGCUUCUGCCAAGACAUCCUUUCUCCCCUCAUCCACGUCAAGGACCUCCGCAAGCACGGAGUUACCCUUUACUUCCUCAUCGACAAGGACCGCAAGCCCGUCCUCGACGUCCCUGCCCUCUACUUCGUCCAGCCCACUCCCCACAACAUCCGCCGCAUCGUCCUCGACGCCUCCAAUUCCCUCUACGAUUCCUUCCAUCUCAACUUCUCCUCCUCCAUUCCGAGGCCCUUGCUCGAAGAUCUAGCCUCCGGUACCCUCAACUCCGACUCCAUCCACCGCAUCUCCAAAGUUCACGAUCAGUACUUGGAGUUUGUCACCUUGGAAGAUAACUUGUUUUCCCUCGCCCACAAGACUUGCUACCUUCAGCUCAAUGAUCCCUCAGCCGGGGACAAGGACAUUGAGGACAUCGUUGACAGAAUCGUCGCCGGCCUCUUCUCCGUCCUGGCUACUCUUUCCGUUGUUCCCGUGAUUAGGUGCCCCCGCGGCGGCCCUGCCGAGAUGGUGGCCUCCCGCCUGGAUCAGCGUUUGCAGGACCAUCUCUUGGCCAAGAACAAUCUCUUUACCGAGGGCGGAAACUUCGCCAGCUCCUUCCAGAGGCCCGUCUUGUGCAUUUUCGAUCGGAAUUUUGAGCUGUCGGUGGCCAUUCAGCACGACUUUAGGUAUAGGCCGUUGGUCCACGAUGUGCUCGGAUUGAGACUGAAUAAGCUGAAUGUGCAGGGCGAGAAGGGCGGGAUGAAAUCCUACGAGCUGGAUGGGUCUGAUCCCUUCUGGGUUGCAAACGGAGCGUUGGAGUUCCCGGAUGUGGCUGUUGAGAUUGAGACUCAGUUGAACAAGUACAAGAAGGAUGUGGAGGAAGUCAACAGGAAGACUGGUGGAGGCGGUGAUGUGGACUUCGAUGGUAACACUAAGCAUCUGAUGAAUGCGGUCAAUUCUCUUCCGGAGCUGACUGAACGGAAGAACGUGAUUGACAAGCACACUAAUAUUGCUACUGCGCUCUUGGGUGAGAUCAAGGAGAGGUCUCUUGAUUCCUAUGCCAAGAAAGAGAGUGACAUGAUGGUGAGGGGUGGAAUUGAUCGAAAUGAGCUCGUAGGAGUGCUCAAGGGAAAGGGGUCCAAGUCGGAUAAGCUGCGCUUUGCUAUCAUGUGUCUUAUUUCUACUGAAAACAUCCCGCAGUCAGAGAUUGAAAUGGUCGAAUCGGCAUUGAGGGAGUCUGAGGUGGAUACUAGCGCAUUCCAGUAUGUCAAGAGGAUAAAGUCGUUAAAUGUUUCGUUGUCAUCAGCAAGUGCCGCUAGCAGGAGCAACAUUGUUGAUUGGGCUGAGAGACUCUACGGGCAGUCAAUUAGCGCUGUCACUGCUGGUGUGAAGAAUCUGUUGUCUAGUGAUCAUCAGUUAGCCUUGACAAGAACGGUGGAAGCGCUAAUGGAGGGAAAACCAAAUCCUGAAGUUGAAUCCUAUCUUGCUUUUGAUCCCCGUGCUCCAAAAUCGAGCUCUGGAGCGAGCAGCAGUCACCUGAAAGGACCAUUUAAAGAAGCUAUUGUGUUUAUGAUUGGUGGUGGAAACUAUGUGGAGUACGGAAGUCUGCUGGAGCUGGCUCACCGGCAGCAGCCUGUAAGACAUGUUAUCUACGGCACAACAGAGAUUCUCACUGGUGGAGAGUUUGUGGAGCAGCUAGCGUCGCUGGGACAUAAGAUGGGAUUAGGAAGUAGUGCUGCUGCUGCUGCUCCCCCAGCCCAUUGAGAGUUGAUUAUGGAUGCUGCAAGGAACAUAUGAUAUUUGUACAUUUGGGACUGCUGUUGGGAGCGGCACUGAUUGGAGAGGAGUUCAACGUCAUUACUUGCACUUUUCUUGAAUAGGAAGACGAUGACUACAUAUUUGUGGGACAUAAGAGGGGACCGGUUGGAUGCUUGAUGAAGUAGGCAGGUUUUAUACUACCUUCUCCUUCCAGUUUUUCUGUCGUCAUGUACUUUAUAUUGUCAACAUUGAUAUAUAGCUAGAAACAUUUUUGUAGGCUGAUGUUACUUCUAUUGUUCUUUUAUGGUCAGCUGUAGAUUGUCUGAUUAUGCUCCUAUGUUCUUGUCAUUCUUCAUCGAUGAUGCUCGAGGUAUUUGUAAGUUUGACAGAGAAUUUUGUUUGGUUA